AUGAGUUCAACAGAAGAUAAACCUUCCAUCGAUCCAUGUUCCGGAUGUGAAAUGCCUUGUUCGAAACAUGCAACGUAUCCACCUGAGAUCUGUCAAGAAAUCGACCAUGGUAGCAUGGUCGGUUCGGUAGAUAAACAUCGCCGGCAUCUAUGCAUUGGUCAAUCGGUUCCAGCAUCUCAAUGGCCAAAGGAUGUUAAAGAUCUUCAAGGCGAUUACAUUGCUGAACUGUCACGAGUCUUGAAAGAAAAGAAGGCUUCCAUCGGGUAUGCCGUGAAAUUAACAUCCGCAUCUGUUGUAACAACAACAAGUGAUGAUCCAUCACAUUCGGCUGACUGGUACAUAUUUCCCGAUCAAAUCAAAAUUUCGAACAUUAAUAUCGAACAAAUCGAGCAAGUGAUUCAAACGAUCUUUGUCGAUGACCAAUCGGUGAUUAAAAUCAAAGAUCAGACGAAAUCGAUUGAAGAACAACUCAAGGAAGAUAGCAAUUUGCCAACAUUCGAUGAUAAUAUCAAAUGUGAAAGAUUGCAUGGACUUUGGUUACUUGUUUGUUGCCAUUAUCAACGUGAUCAACGCUGUGGAGUCAUUGGUCCAAUGCUAAUUGACGAGAUUGAAAAGUAUGCUCGAGAAACUGAUCGCACGGAUAACGUUCAUUGGCUCAAGAUCAGUCAUAUUGGUGGACACAAAUUUGCUGGUAAUGUUAUUGUCUAUCCAUCGGGAACAUGGUAUGGACGUGUUUUGACAUGCCAUAUUCCCUUAUUAAUCGAUGCGUACGCAUCAUCCUCGGAAGAAUUGAAAAACAAAUUGAAACCAUUAUAUCGCGGCCAUUUGGAUACGACUUGGUAA